CUACUACAUAAAACUCUAAUUGACGACUAUGAUGUCAUCCAUCUUUCCGGCCAUCGAAGUCCAUAUCCCCUCCGACGGGUUUUGUGGGACCGGUUUUAUCCCAUGGGGCGAAACCGAGAAUCCCUUUUAUAAUAAUCAACUUCAAGAACCGGUUUUUUCAUUUUCCGGUUCUGAAGAAUCCACACCAAAAACAAAUAGCUCAAAUUCGGGCUCGGAUGAACUAGGGCAGGUUGAAGAAGUCAACCCUAUCGAUGAACGUAAAAGGAGACGAAUGAUAUCGAACCGUGAGUCAGCCCGGAGAUCACGGAUGAGAAAACAAAAGCACUUGGAGAAUUUAAGAAACCAAGUGAACCGGCAUAAGACCGGGAACCGGGAAAUAAUGAACCGGUUACGGUUUGUAAGCCAUCACGCACAAGCUUUACGACACGAAAACGAGCAGCUUCGAUCCGAAUCCGUGAUGCUUCGACAAAAAUUAUGGGACAUACGUCAAGUAUUGUUAGUGAGGCAGCUUCAAAACCAGUUAAUACCAUCUGCAUGGCCAUGCAAUAAUAACGUGACAUCCAUCAAUAAUGAACAAAAUCCACCAUCAUUAAUUGCUUAAAUCAUAAUAUUAUGAAUGUUUAUUAAUAUAUACAUAUAUAUUUCACUAAAAAUUAUAAAUCAUAACCUCAGCUCGUGCAUGGAAAUACUAGCAAUUCACUAUCUAUCUAUAUAAAUAUUUU